GCGUGAAAGAAGAAUGCGAAUAAGAGGAAGAUGGCUGCCCAAACAAACUCUCGUCCAUAAAUGUCGCUUUUCAACCAUGACUGGUUUGUUGGCGGAGACUGAAACGACGCGAUGAUUUCAGUGAGUUAUAUUCUGCUGUGCGGGCAGUUCUUCCUGCUGCUCGCCGUCAUUUUCCUACAGUGUCUGGAGGGAAUUCACUCCCAGAACUCAUCGACCGCGGAGCCUCUAGCUUCUGCCUCCCCGGGCCAGGGAGCCACCGGGCUCCCCUUCAGCGAGCAGCCUCCGAGUCCCGGCGUGGAGAAAUACGACAUACCGGCGGAAAGUGACAAUGAAACGGAGAGAUUCGAGUACAGACCCCCGUCACCUGUCGUCCUCUGCAGCUAUCUACCCGAGGAGUUCAUCUUCUGUCAGGACCCUGUGGAUCAUGCAGGGAACUACACAGCCCUGCAGGAGAUGGGACACGGAUGUGCCGGGUGGGGUGGCCAGACUCAGAAAGAAGUGAACACCACUUAUGUCAUAUGUACUGCACUGGAUGAUAUAGAGUGUGCGGGACCCAGAGAAUUCCAACGAGACGGCGUCCCCUGCAUCAAAUACACCGGACACUAUUUCAUCACCACACUGCUGUACUCCUUCUUCCUGGGCUGCUUCGGUGUCGACCGCUUCUGCCUGGGUCACACCGGCACCGCCGUCGGGAAGCUGCUCACUCUGGGGGGUUUGGGGAUCUGGUGGUUCGUGGAUCUGAUCUUGCUCAUCACUGGCGGCCUGAUGCCCAGCGAUUACAGCAACUGGUGCACGUACUACUGAGACCCACAGCAGAGAGGGUGAGCAUGAUGGACCACAAGGUCCUUAAAACGUGACCUCAGUCUGCUGUGGUUCUGAGUCUGGGAGCUGGUUCUGUUCUGAGAGGGAAUGACGGAGUCCAAGGACCGGCUGAGGAUUUCUGCCUGUUACUCCGAGUGUCUGAGGAAAAUGACUUUAUUUAAUUUAUUCAUUUUGAUAUAAAGAUUGACCGAUUAAUCGUUUUAGCCGAUUAAUUGAUUCCAGCUAGUAGCACAUCUAGCACAAACCAUAAUUCUGUGGCUGUAUUUGUUCAUUUAAAGACUUUUUUUUUGCUGUAAAUGUGUGAUUUUUCUCCCUUUUUAAUAACAAAAACAACAGUUUAAAGACUCCAUGAUAUGAGAAGAUGUAGAAGCUGCUGCUAAGAGAUGCAUUCAGUGAACCUUGUUCAUUUCUAAUUCACUUAAGCAAAUAUGGUUGCAGUCCACUGAUAGACACCUGUUACUGAUGCAUUCAAGGAACUUUGUAAAUUCCAUCCUUUCCGCAGUCCACUGCUUGUUGUGCUCGGUAAAACAGGCACAAGUAAUGUGGUGGAUUGAUCUGAUAACAGAAGUACACAGAACCAGUACAUCAAAAAGUAUAAAAUUACCUUGUGCAUUGUUAUAUAUUCAUGUUUUAUAUUAAACAAAAUGGACCCCAAAGUUCUUACAUUAAUGCAGUGAUUCCUAAAGUCUGGGAUGGGAGUGGGAGUUUUUGUUUUUGCGGUCCUCAGGAACGCCCUGUGAUCCCAGAAAUUCAGAGUUCCAAUUUUUUCAAUCCAUGCUGUAAUCAUUUGUUGCGUUUUUUGAAAUUUUUAACAUUUUCAUGAGUAUUAUUAUUGCAAACUUUCUUGGAACGUCACAUUGUCAUUUCCGAGGUUUUUUUAAAGUGGGAGACUGCCUUUAAAAAUCAACCAAAUUGGUCGACCUUUACUUUGACUUCGAAAUCAAUGUUUUUGAUGGAUUUACAGCUCUCACCGGGUCGAGCAAUAAUCUCACAGAAGCCUCUGACAGUUGGUCUGAGCCAUAGUCUUAGUUUAGGAGUGAAAUUCCACUUUUUGGAUGAAGUCGUUGAAAACUCGUGGAAGUUAUCUUUGAACGUUUAUGCCAUCGCCUCUGGGCAUCGUCCUGAACCGGGUUUUCAUCACUUCUUUCCUUCAAAUUGCCCAGAAGCCCAGCCUUGACUCUUCAAUGUCUUCUUCUUCUGCUGCUCGAGGCGCUUCUUCUCCAUUCUUUUUUAUUUUCUCUUGUUGUCUCUCAUGUCUUCCGGCUAAACUGAUUAAAAUUACAGCCACAAGCAAGUUGGAACACAGAGCCACAGAUGGAGAGCGACGACGUACAGUAACUCACAUUGACGAGCUGGGGAAAGCAGUAAAUUCCUUCCUUUAACAUAAAAUGAUAACAAAGCUGUGUGGGAACGUUUCCCUCCAGGCUUUCUCCAAAAGUCUGCAACUCAAAUCAAAUUUUUUUUAGUGGUUUUAACAAGAAAUGAAUACACAAAUCUUUAUCUGUAACGUUGAAUUUUGUGUCUUUAUGUGAACACAAGGUUUUAAUUGUGUGUUACAUAAAGGCGCCAUAAAAAUGCCUUCUAAGUUUUGCUAUAUGUGGCACGAUAUCACUUUUUUUUUGUCUCCGAUACCGAUAUCACAACCAUGAAGAUCUGCCGAUACUUGUACGAUACCGACCUUUUGAACUAUGAAGCCGUUAACUGAUGCGUUUGUGCAUUUCAUGCAAUUGCAACGCUGAUUUGUAUUUACAUUUUCACAAUCUGUGCAAUACCUCGGAAAUUCCGAUUUGUAUCGCGUUCUUUACGUUUUAAUUUGGCCAAAAUCCGAUCCACUGAUUUUUGCAUCAGUCGUUGGGAAGCUUUAAAGCUGUAGUACGUAACUUACGGUGAUGUUGACGUUGUUCUGCCUCCGUUUGAUCUUUCGUGAACAGAAAUGAUGUUAACGUCGCGUGUUGACUGCGUCGUUCGUUUUAAACAGGCUCUGUCAAGCAAAACUAUCAGACCUGACUGAGGUAGCGUUUGUGUGUAUACUGCAGCAGAGCAGGGGCAGGCGGGGGACAAGGAGCAUCUGUCCCGUGUGUUGAAUUACCCUUUUUUUUUUGAGCAGUAGAAUUUAACUUUUGUUGGCAGCUUCAUCAUCAUUAGGGGAGCUGCUAGUCAACUGUGUUAGCAUUUUUUUUGGAAUUACUACCUUUUCUGAAGCAAAGUUUUGUCUGACAUUGCUUUCUUAAAUCCAACCAUCCUGUCUUUUUUGUAAAAUACUGUACAUAACAUUGAUCAGACCAACAGUAACUUGGUUUUUAUUUGCAUAAACCUGCUCUACUAUUUAUUAUUGUUUUAAAUCACGCCUGUACCGGGAGUGUUGGAGACUUCCUCGGCUCUCGUGUGUAUUGUUUAGUUUUUUUUUAUUUCUCAUGGAAAUAAAAGCAAACUUUUAAAAACA